UCGAUUACCAGGGAGGAGAACGGAACAGCCAGACUUCCGGUAGAUUGUUUACAGUUCUCCUGGUUACGAUGUCACAGGUCGACGUGUACAUAGCACCGAACAGCCCGGUAAGGCUGUCAAUAUCGCAGUUUCCAGUUUACACACCACAACACAGAAAUCCCAGCCCAACAACUUCAGAAAAGAGAUCCUAUCUAAGCAUUUUGAUGAAGAACUUGGAGAAAGACGCCCUCUCUGGUACCCCCACGGGAGGGAAGGAGGGAGGGAAGGGUGACAGCAAGGAUGCGGGGAAGAAGGAGGCGCACAAUGAGUCACAAUUACACCACAUUCUGGCAUCAAAAUAUGCCACAGAAUUGUUUAAGGGACAAAACGUCAUGAGAACAGAUACCCCAGACACUCUGAUGACAGAGUACACCAACAAGCCUGACAUUACUGUGAGGUGUGACAAGUGUGGCAUCUUCAUCGACAUCCGGACCCUAGUUGACCACCGUAGCUUCCACAACGCCCUCGCCUUGAUGAAGUUCAAGUGUUCCACCCUGCCAGACAAUGCUGAGGCGCUCCUCAAGCGGAGAAACGCCAUCCUCCGCAGAAUGAAGAGUGACGCCACAGAGACAAAUCCUAUUGACCCGAAAGCCAUAAAAUUGAUCAAUGACGCCUAUGAACGUCUGAAGUCUGAUAUCGAAGAUACGUAUGACAUGUGUCGACAGAUUCGACAGAACAUUAACACACAUGUAAAUGGAGUGUCCUUGAACUGCAGCCCAUCGUGUACUCUAGCUGUAGGCUUGUGUUCAAGCCAGAAUGAAAGAUGGAAAAGUGUCAUGGAGGAUACUAGGGUCUUUCAAGAUUAUUUUGGCGAUGAUCGCGACAAAUGUUACCUUGCUCUUUUUGAUGGCCACCAUGGUCGUUUUGCUGCAGAAGUAGCAGCAUCAGAGCUUCACAGACUUCUGCUUAAUGAGAUGGCCAAAUUUGACCCCAAAACAAAGUCCACUUCAGCCCACAACCUUGCAGACGUGACAGACAUCUCCCACUACAAGUUUGACCGACCGGACACAAAGGACAGUGAGCGAGUUCUGCUCCACCAAGAGAGUAUGGACAUCGUUCAGCAGAUCAUUGCUCUGUGUGAGGCUAAAUAUGACCUACUGAUGAAGGACAAGAGAAAGCUGCCAGAAGUUGAUGAUGAGACAAAGACGAAAAAGUCUUCCAAACCUAAGCACCCCCUCUCACCCAAAAUAUCCAGUGCCUUCAAGAAGGCAUAUCACCUGCUGGACAUCUUGUUAUCUUAUGGGAAGGAUGAAUGUUCCAAGGUUCGCUGGAGUGGAUGUUCUGCUCUUACUGCCAUUGUACAUGCUACAGAGCCUGGGGACAGUUCCAAGGGGUCGGAGAGUUCUCCUGGGAAGGAUGGGGAAGAAGGAGGGAAUGUGGACCCUGCAAUACAACUGGGGCUAGUUCAUCUGGCUAAUGCAGGUAAUAUCCAUGGAUUACUGGUGCGAGGAAACAGGCCGUACAGGUUAACGAAGGACCACACACCUAGCAAUCCAAAGGAACGGAACCGCGUUCUCAAAAAUGGAGGUACCCUCAGUGAAAGUUCCCGUGAAUGCCAGGUGAAUGGCGUCGUGGCAACCACCCGUGGGCUAGGUAACCAUGGUGAUCUCAGUCUGAAGAAAUGCCUACAGGUGGAGCCAUACACUACCUGCGUGCCUAUUGACCAGUACGCCCAGUUUUUGGUCUUCGCCACUAACGGAGUGUGGGAAAUAUUUUCAGAUCAAGAGGUCACAUCAUUACUGCUUAAGCGACUGAGAAAAUUACAGAAGAUGCUGCCUACACACCAUAUACCCCCGCCCAGCAGCAUGUCCUGCAGUCUCCGGCCUCUCCUUGACGAGAUCGAAAACAACGAGAAGGCCAAACAAGCUGAGGCCAUGAGGGCCACUUUUAACAAGCCAGACAGCAGAAAAGUGUCAUUUUCAAACCAUGACCUUGAACAGGGUGACCUUCCUGAUAUUGAAGUAGAAGCUGCUAUGAAAGAAUUAUCGAAUAUAUGUCAGUCCGAAGGAGAUGACAUGAGUGAAAAUGCACAAGCUACCUCAACACCAGUUGAAGAGAUUAAGAAUGGACAGGUGACUGGACUGACCAUUGAAGCAGAUUUGAAAACAGAGAUUGGGAGCCAUGUUGAAGAUGCUUCAGAUUUAGAUCAGGGUCACGACCUUGACCCUGACUAUCUGACCCUCCCGGUUCAUGCAGACAUUCCCGACCAUGUUCCAGAGACAGUGGAGGAGAAGCAGCGAGAGUUGGCGAAGAACAUGGCAGAGUAUUUGGUACAGGCGGCACUGUUGGCGGGCGCCAAGGACAAUAUAUCCGUCAUGGUCAUGCUGCUUCCAGGGAGCGGUGUCUGACCAAAAGAUUGUACUAGCUGAUACUUUGUGAUAUCUUCCCUGCCAAAAUUUACUUGAUGGAUUUUGUUUUAUUAAUUUGUUUUGAAUUAAUGUUAACUUUUGUUGAGAUAUAUUGAUUAAUGGUUGACUGACUGUAUUUAGCAAUCUGUCUUUAUGUGGUUCUGGGGGCACGGAUGGCCCAGUCGUCUAAGGUGCCAGGGAUUCGCAUAGUUGCGUCCCUUGGGCACACCAGAAACCUAUGAUUGUGGGUUCGAAUCCCGGUUCGUCCCGAUUAUUUUUCUAGG